CCUUUCUUGCGGCUCUAAGAGCCGGAGAGGCAGCAACAAGUUCAGCUGAAGACUGAAGCAAGAGCUGGGUCAGUCACCUUCAAGUUUCCUCAGAUGAAACGCUGGAGUUUGCUGAGAAGGGAAACGAGAAUGGAGAGUGACAAGGACAUUUACUAGAGGCACAUUCAGAUGGAUGUAAGCUGUGCCAUUGCUCUCAACCCUGGCUGCAUGUGAGACUCAUUUGGGAGAUUUUUCGGAGCCUGAGCCUGAUCCUUGAACUCAGUUAUAUCAGAAUCUUAGGUGGCAGCCUCAGCAGCUGCGGGAACCUCAGCAGUGAUGGCCUCCUGCCCAGACUCGGACAAUAGCUGGGUGCUUGCCGGCUCAGAGAGCCUGCCUGUGGAGACCUUGGGCCCUGAAUCUGGGAUGGACGCAGAAUCUGAGAGAGCUCCCCGGGCCCCUCGGAGCCCCUCCAAGGCAGCUGCUGAGGAAUCAGCUGGGACCUUGGAUGGAGGAGAGACUGUGUCCCAGAGUGAGAGCUCCCAAUCUGGGCCCAUCCUGUCAGAGGAGGCUGAGGCCAAGCAGGGUGUCCUGGAAGGGGAUGACCCUGGAAUGGAGACCCCCGGCCCAGGAGACACAGAGGCCCGGGGAGACUUGGAGGAGACCCCUGAGGUGGUAGGCCUGGAACCGGACUCACAGGACCUGGAGGAUCAGAGCCCCCCCCGCAGCCUGCCUUCAUCCCCCAACACAGCUCAGAUCAGGGAGGAGGCCCACCGCUCCAGCAGCGAGGAGGACGACACCGAUGUGGAUGUGGAGGGUCUGCGGAGACGGCGGGGCCGGGAGCCCGGCACUCCUCAGCCCGCGGCCACCCUGGGUGUGGAGAGCCAGGGCCAGGGCGAAGGUGCAGGCGGGGAGCUGGGCAUCUCCCUCAACAUGUGUCUCCUCGGGGCCCUGGUUCUGCUGGGCCUGGGGAUCCUCCUCUUUGGUGGCCUCUCAGAGUCUGAAAGUGGGCCCCUGGAGGGAGUAGACCUGCAGGUCUUGCCAGAUCCGGAGUCUGAUGCUGAGAUGCUGGAGGCUGCGGGGGAUGGGCAGGAUGGACUACAGCAGCUACAGACCUCAGAGCUCCUGGACAGUGUCCCCAGCCUGCAGAACAUGGCCCUUCUGCUGGAUAAGCUGGCCAAGGAGAACCAGGACAUCCGACUACUGCAGGCCCAGCUGCAGGCCCAGAAGGAAGAGCUUCAGAGCCUGAUGCAUCAGCCCAAAGGGCUAGAAGAGGAGAAUGCCCGGCUCCGAGGGGCCCUCCAGCAGGGCGAGGCCUCCCAGCGGGCCCUGGAGUCAGAGCUGCAGCAGCUGCGGGCCCAGCUUCAGGGACUGGAGGCUGACUGCGUCCAGGGUGCAGAUGGGCUGUGUCUCCAUUGGGGCAGAGGCCCGCAGGCUGGCAAGGUCACCAAGGAGCAAGGCGCUACAGGGCCGGAGCCAAGCCCUGGAUUCCUGGAGCAAAAGAAACAGCUAGAGGCCGAGGCCCAGGCAUUAAGGCAAGAGUUGGAGCGGCAGCGGCGGCUGCUGGGGUCUGUGCAGCAGGACCUGGAACGGAGCUUGAGGGAUGCGGGCCGAGGGCAUCCAGCCCAGGCUGGCCUGGCUGAGUUGGGUCACAGGCUGGCCCAGAAGCUGCGGGGCCUGGAGGACUGGGGCCAGCGCCCUGGGGUCCCUGCCAAUGUCUCAGAGGCCUGGCAUCAGAAGCCUCACUUCCAGAAUUUCAGGGAGCGGAGUGGGAAGGAAAAGUGGUGGGAUAGGCAAGGGGACUGGAAGACCGAGCACCGGAAACAUAAGAAGGAGGUAUCUGGCCGGGAGAAGAGCUGGCGGGGUGAGGAGGACAGGGAGCGGGCGGGGAGGUGGAAGGAGGGCAAGCCAAGGGUGGAGGAGUGGGCCAGCAAGAAGGAUGGCAAGCGACAGCGUUCCAAGGAGCCCCCCAGGAAAAGUGGGAGCUCCCACCCCUCCGGAGAAAGGCAGAAACACCCUCGAUGGAAGGAAGGAGCUAAAGACAGGCAUGACCCCCUGCCACUCUGGGCAGAGCUGUCCAAGCACAAGUACCAGGCACCCCAGGGCUGUUCAGGUGUCCAUGAGUGUGCCCGGCAGGAGGGCCUGGCCUUCUUUGGCAUAGAGCUAGCCCCCGUGCAGCAACAGGAGCUGGCCUCUCUGCUGAGGACGUACCUGGCACGACUGCCUUGGGCCGGGCCACUGACCAAGGAGCUGCCCCUCUCUCCCACUUACUUCGGUGAGGAUGGUAUCUUCCGCCACGACCGCCUCCGCUUCCGUGACUUUGUAGACGCCUUGGAGGACAGCCUGGAGGAGGUGGCAGUGAGACAAACAGGUGAUGACGACGAGGUGGAUGACUUUGAGGAUUUCAUCUUCAGCCACUUCUUUGGAGACAAAGCACUGAAGAAGAGGUCUGGGAAGGACAAACAUUUGCAGAACUCCAGAGUUGUGGGGCCCAGGGAGGAGCACAGCCCCCACCGCCGGGGCUGAGGCCCCGCGUUAUCUAUCCCCUGGGAACCGUUAAACUGCCACCUCCCUCGGCUCGGUUGGUGUCAUUGGAUGUCCUUCACAGAGAAGAGUGGAGAUCACUGAGCCCUGCACUGAUACCACUUCUGCUACAAAAAGGCCUUAGCUGGAGCUGCUUUGCUGUCUAUGCAAAUGAAUGCAAAUUCUUAGGGCCUUGACCCUUGCAGCCGGAUUGUGAAGGGGGGAUGGGAGACAAGCCUGUUUUUUAGGAGGGUAGGGUGGGAGUAAGAGGUAUGGGGCAAUUCAGAUUUUGAAGCCAGAGAGCUGGUGCGUGUGUGUGUGUGUGUGUGUGUGUGUGUCUGUGUGUCUGUAGGGGGGCCCCUUGGCUGCACACACUGACCCGUGCACCCUGGGAUUCUAUUCGCCCGGCUGGCUGAAGGCCCAGCAUGAAGGCUUUCCCUGGGGUUUUGUUAGAUUUGGAAGGAGCUAUCCCUAGGGAAUCGAAGUCCCCUUUUUAGCCUUGCUCCUCACGUGGCCUCACCUCUGCUUGUGAACUGUAGACUCAGAUUCCAAUAAAAUUCUGUAGGAGCUGUGACAUUGGGUGGAGGCUCUGUCGCUUAGGGCUGUUUCUAAGCACAGGGGAAGCCCACACCCAUCACCUCAUAGGCACUGGUACUCACCUUCUCCCCUCCCCGUCACCUCACCCUCCCCGCAAACCUCAGGCCCUCUGGGCUGGAACUCCCCAUUUUGCUUACAGCUGUCUUGGCUGCAUCCCUGGGAGAUGUAGAAAUAUGCAAGUGGGUUUUGGGCUCAAAUCCAGGUUGAGUGAUUUUGGGCAAAUCAAUCCCUGGGAACCUUGGGUUUCUAAUCCCCAAAAAGGGAGAUUGAAGGGCUGGGGACUCUUCGAGCAGGAUUGUAAAUAAAUCAAUGUAAACAAAA